AUGGAAUUCAUGAGAGUAACGGAAGAGGUUCUUCGACAACAUUGGAAACAAAUUUUACAAAUAUUUCAAAAAUCUUUAGUUGAUCAAGAUGAUAUCAGUUGUGUAAUAUCACAUUUUCAUCACGCAGUCACUUUACUUACUAAUGAAGUCGCUAGUCACGAUCGUCCCGGUCCUGUACUCUUAUAUUUUAUUUCGGAAUCUAUACUGGAUACAUUCUUUAUUUGGUCAUUAAGUUGUCCGGAAUAUGCAUCUGAACUUAAAUAUCAUCAGUUACGUUGUUUUGAAUUUCUUCUUAGUCGGUCUCAACAUGAACUUCUCUUUCAUAAACAAAUUUUUAAACCAUUGUUGAAUCUUCUUCGAUCAUGUGAAUCAUCAACAUCAUUAGAACUUAUUGAAAAACAUAUGAUCAUUGUACUUAAUCAAGUUUGUGUUAGUAUUACAAAAAGUCCUGAAUUAUUGGAAUUUUGUUUUGAUAUCAGUGCUGAUCAUGGUCCAUCAAGAUUUGUCAUAUUUUCUCUCCUGAUUCCAUUCGUUCAUCGUGAAGGACUUGCUGAUAAACCAUCUGCACAGGGUAUUACUACAGGUCAACAAGCUCGUGAUGCAUUAUUACUCAUCAUGCAAUUAUCUAAUCGAAAUGAACAUAUAGCUAAAUACAUCGUUGAAAAUACGAAUUUUUGUCCGAUCUUAGCGACAGGUUUAAGUGCACUUUAUUCAGAUUUACCAUAUCGUUUAACAACAAAUAAUGAUGAUUGGUUUAUAUUAACAAAAAAAGAAUGGUCAGAAAAUGCAUCAUUAGUACAAUUUAUGAAUUCAUUACAAUUUUGUAAUGAUGUUAUUCAAAUUGCUCAUCCGAGUAUUGGUCAUCAUCUUUUACAAUAUAUUUAUCAUGGAUUUCUUGUUCCUGUUCUUGGUCCGAGUAUUCAUCAAGAUCUUCAUGAAAUACCAGUGAAAUUUUCUGAUUUACAACAGUUUUCGAAUACCAUGGAUGAAGUUAUUGCAGCAACAGCUUAUUUAGAUUUAUUCUUACGUACUGUUUAUGAACCAGCUCUAUUAAAAAUUUUUUUAAAAUUUAUUCUCUGUGCUAAAAUCGAUGAAAUUAGUUUAUUGGAUACAUUGAUUAAUCGAAUUAAUUUUACAACAAAACUUGGUUUAGUUUCACUUGGAUUAUUUAAUACAUUGAUUAAUUUAAAUUGUGAAGAUAUUAUGUAUCGACUAAUUUUUAUGUAUUUAAUUCCAUGUCGACAUGUUAUGUUAAGUCAACGACGUCAUAUAACUGAUGUUGAAAUUUAUGGAAAAAAUGCGGAAAAAUUUCAUACAUUAAGACCAUCAUUUUCAAAUAAAAAUGAUAAUUCGGAUAGUAUCGAACAAGUACGAUCAAAACAACUACGAGUCACUUUUGAUCAACAUAAUGAAUUAACUGAACGUUAUGAAUCUACAUUUCCUGCUUAUCUUGAAGAUGCACAUUUUAAUAUUGCACGUUGCCGUAUUGCUUGUCGUUGUUGGACGGCACCGUAUGAUAGUGAAACACCAUCUCCUGAUGCAGUUAUCGGAGAAAUGGAUUUAAUUUCAUUAGCAAGUAGUAUAUCAUCAUUAAAUAAUGAUAAUAAUAAUAAUAAUACGCAAAAAUCAAAUAAUAUUUCAAAUCCAAAACAAUCAAUAAAUCUAGGAAAAAAUGUUGCUAUAUCAAAUGAUUCUGGUAUUCAUGUCGAUGGUUUAGAUAUGAAUUCUCAAAUAGAACAUGUACAAAAAACAAUAGAAAAUUCAUUUCAAUUACCAUCAUGGCUCGCUAAUAAUCAACCUAUACCAGAUGAACUUCUUGCUAAACAUUCAACAGUCAAUCAUUCAACUUAUAAUAAUAUUAAUGAAGAAGAUGAUGAUGAUGAUUAUGAUCGUCCAUCAGCAUUUUAUGCAUUUUCAUUUAUUAAUUCUCCAGGUGAUCAUGAAGAUGCAUGGUCUAUUCAAUCAUUAAAUACAUCUAAUAAUCAUAUACGUGAUGAAAUUCAAACAUGUGUUGAUACACUUCAUACUUGUUUAAAUCAUUUUCGUGAAAUGAAUGAACCAAAAAAUGAUAUCGAUGAAAAUGUAACAAAUUUAUUAAAUGAUUUAAUUGAUCAAAUAGAAAAUUCAAUUGAAAAUGAAUCACAGGAAAAUAUAGAAAAUUUUGUUGAUAUAUCCUUAGAUUCAAAUUUAUUAAACGAAUUAUUUACAAAAAAAUUAACAUUUAAUGAAUAUUUAAUGUUACUUGAUCGAUUAAUUGAAGAUAAAUAUGCUAAAAAUUCAACAAAAAAAGGUGAAAAUUUAUUAAAUGAAAUUCUUUUAAUUGCUGAAGAAAUUGAGCAAUAUCGAACAAUAAUUAUUUCUGAUAAUAAUGAACUAGAUAUUCAACAUCCUUUACAAUUUUUUUUAUCAAAUACACAAUCAAAUUAUUCUAUUAUUUCAUUUCUACCACAAUCAACAUCAAUGGAUAUGUCAUUAUUAGUUGCAAAUGAUCUAUCAAAUCAAACACAAUCAAAUCUUUUUACAACAAGUCUUCAACAACAACAAACAUCUACAAUUUCUGGUAAAACAGCUGAUAUUGGUCCAUUUCUCCGAACAAUAUUUUCCAAAUUAGAAAAUAUGUUACAAAAUCCUUUACAUGUAAAUCUUUUAUUAACUGGUAUAAUCUCACGAUUAGCACAUUAUUCUCAACCAUUAUUACGUUCAUUAUUAUUGAAUCAUAGUCUUGUACUCGAAACAAAUGUCAAAUCACUUUUUCAAAUUCUUUCAAAUCUCAAAUCAAAACUUGAAACCAUUUCUCAAACAUAUAAUGAUUUUAAUAAUCUUGUUCAAUUAGCUCAUGAAACAUUAUAUCAAAGAGAAAAUAAUACUAAAGAAUCUGAGGAAUCAUCUAGACGAACACGUUCUCCAUCACGUACACGAUCAAAAUCAGCUGAUCCUGGAAAAGAACCUGUCUCAAAACGAACACGUAUUAUGAACUUUUUUCGUGGUCGUAGUCGAGUAUCCGAAAGAGUAGAUAAUAAUAUCAAAGAACGUGAUUAUUCUCAAGUAACAUUAAUUGAUAAAACAUCGAUGAAAUUUAUUAAUAUUCGUGAAAAUCAUCAAUCUGUAUCUGUAAGUGAAUGGGAUGAUCCUAAAACACGUAAUAUUGCUUAUUGUGCUGUUAUAUUUAAUGAAUUUCUCAAAGAACUUGCCGCUAUUACAUUAGAACAUAGCGUACAACAAUUUGAUGAUGAUCAAAUAUUUGACGAUAUUUCAUCAAUACAAUUAUUAUAUUAA